AUGGGUUUCGACAUAGUACGAUUUGUUGGCGAAGUAGAUGAAGAGAUUCUUUGUCCCAUAUGUACUGGAGUGCUACAAGACCCAGUCCAAGUAACAGUGCAUUUUUCAUCUUCAAUUAGCUAUGCUUUAUAAUUAUAACUUAGAGUAAACAUAAUAAAACAACAUGUUUGUUGUACAUUGAAUUUGUAUUGAUUGUAUUAAUAGAAUUUGCCAUAUGAUAUUUUACAAAAAAUAAUUGCAUGUUUUCAGGCUCCCGUGUGUGAACAUGCAUUCUGUAAAGGCUGUAUACUCGAAUGGCUACUAAGACAAUCAACAUGUCCAGUGGAUAGACUUUCUGUUAAUGUCCUUCAGUUGAGACCAGUUCCGCGAAUUUUAAAAAACCUACUAAACAGGUAAAUUUUUUUUUAAAAUUAAUGACCUAUUUAAACCACUCUAAUUUAUAUUUGACUUGAUUCAUUUAUGAGUAUUAAUAACUAAUAAGUAUGAGUAAUUAAUUUAGUAUUUUAAUUGAUAAGAGUGUUUUAAAUAACUCUUUUAAAUUGUGAAUUUGAAGGUAUCUAUAAAGGAUCUUCUUAAGAGGAUGCUACACAUGCAUUUGUAGUCUCUGUUGUACAUACGUAAUCUAUAGUAAACUUGUGUUCAGCAGAAACAAUUUUGUAAUAUUGGUUUAAUAUUAGAUAAAAUUAACCUUGUAUCAAAUUUAAAGGGAAUCUUAGUUUGUGUUUUGAAUUUUUUGUUAUUUUAAUUGUUAAGUGGUAUUUAAAUAUAUAUAUUUAUUACAGUGAAAUAUGCAAAUUUGAAAAUGCUAAUAUCAAGCUUAUAAAUUACAAUACCAAAAAACCAACAUACAAAUACAGACAACGUUUUCCUUUUAAAUUCGAUAAUAGGUACAUUUUCUCAAAUAUUAUAAAUAUAUUACUAUAAAACAGUAUAAAAUUAGUUCUGCUAAACUCAAAUUUCUUAUUUGAUGUGUUUGUAAGACAGAGACACCAAAUACAUGUUUAGUUUUCUCUUGACUGUAAUCAUUGAUAAUAAUUAAUAUUCAUAAAUUAUAAACAAUACUACAAUUUUCUUAAAAUUGUGUAGUCCUGUAUUUUAGAAUUGAAUAAUAGAAUUCCUCUAUUUCAUAUAGUUUGUAAUAUUAUCACAAAAUUAAAUAAAAAUUAUGAAUAUUACUGGUAAUUUAACACUUGCUUAGGUAAUACCUACAAAGGUACUUUAUUUUUUUUUUUUUUCAUAAGUACUUUACAUAAAAUUAAAUGUUAUAUUUUUUAAUUGAUAAUAUUAAUAUGUUAUUAACAUUAAAAGCAUAACAUAGGAUUCCCUUUACAUUUUUUUCUACAUUUAAUAUUAUUUUUUUUUUUUUUAGAUUGUAUAUUAUUUGUGAAAAUAAUACCUAUGGAUGUCAGCGAGUAGUUAAAUUAGACAUUUUAGACAAUCAUCUAGCUGAAUGUGAAUUUAACCCUAAGAGACCAUUUCCUUGUGAACAAGGAUGUGGUUUAAUUAUUCCAAAAGAUGAACAUAAGGUAUGUAUUAAAUAUUUUUAUAAAAUUUUUGUAUCUUUACCUUAUGAUAAUCAUUUUUUAAAUUGAUUAUUAAAUGUAUUUAGGAUCAUAACUGUGUGAAAGAGUUGCGUGAAUUAGUUCAUAAACAACAGCAAAAAAUUAAUGAAAUGCAACAAGACAUGGUUAACUACAGAUAUGAAAUGACUGGCAUAAAAGAGGAAAUGCGAGUUCUAAAGGUAAAGUAUUUAUUUUAUAAAUGUCUAACUCAAUAAAUCUAAUAUAGUUGUAUUAACUUUAGACUUUUUAACUAUUGUGUUCUUAAGGAUUAAAUUUAAUGUAACAUCAGUAAUAUGGUACUCCAAUAAAUAUCUAUUCUUUUUAUUCAAAAUGUAGAGAAAUAUUAAAAUUAAUUCAUGUUCAAUGUUUACCACAUCAAAUCUAUAUUAAAAUGAUUUUAAUAUGAGAACAUUAUUAUUGAUCUCAUAUUUUUUUAUUGACUUUGUAAUAAACUUCUUUAUAUUAGCAUCAAAAAAAAAAACCAUUGUCUUUGUUCAAUUUUUCUAAGACUAGAAUUUCUAGUCUAGGUUAAUACUUAUGAAAAUGUUUUACGUUUGACAUAUUAGUUACUCUAAACCAACAUUUAAUUAUAGUAUAACCUUAAAUCUAUUAAAAAGUGGACAUAGUAUCUUCUACCUCUCUAAUGACCAUCUAAACAAUAAAGAAUAAAUAAAUUAUAAAUUAUAAACUAAUUUUUUUUUUUUUUAUUUUGUAUUUCGUCUGAAUAGCCUAUAAAGAUGUGGUGUGUUGUCAAAUGGUAAUAGCAUUAUGACCCAAACCUUUUCUUUUCUCUUACUCUAUUAUCUUGUGAUAUCUCUUUGAUUGCCAUAUAUUUUUUUACCUUAAAGACUAACAAAUGUAAGUAAAUACAUAUUUUUAAUCACCUUGAUUUAAUGUGUCGUGUAAUCGAAUACAUUUAGAUUUUCAGUUUGGACUUGAUUUGAUUAAGUUAAAUAUUUAAAUAUCUAUAUGUAAAAGUUUAUUACCAAUUUCUUACUCAAUUAUUCAAAAAUCAAUAGAAUUAGUAAAUUUGUAUAUUUAAAUAUUAGAAUUCCUUGCAUUGUUUUUUAUGGAUAAUUGAUUACAUUAUAAAUGGAAUUUGACUAUAUGUUAUAACUUGACAACACAUACAAGAGUGAUAAAUUAUUGAAAUUCUAUUGUAGGUAUUUAAAAUUGACUUGUUGGAAAUCUGCUCAUUUAAUAAUAUUAUGUUUUUAAUCAAUACACUUAUUUAUUUACAUUUAUAAAAAGCUCAAUUACAAAUAUUAUUUCUCAACUCAAAAAUGUAUUCUUUGCAUUUAAUUAUAUGGGACAUUGAAUUCGCUAUUUGUUUUUGAAAAGUUGAAAUUUAAUAUCAUUGAAGAUGGAUAUUUUCAAUUACGUAUAUUAAUAAAAAAAAUGUAUUAUAAUAAUAAAAAACAAGAUUAUAAUAGUUCAUUUUGAUAAUAUAAAUACCCUAAUGAUAUAGUAUUUAAUAAUGUAUAUUUGAAUUUUUAUUGAAAGUCAUAAAUAAUAUAAUAUUUCAAUGUAAAUACAUAGAAUAGGAACGAGCAUUUGGAUUAUGCACAGGCAAUGCACUGGGUUCAGAUAUACUCCAUUCGUACCAAACCUUAGAAGCAUUACUUAGGCGCCAAAAGUGCACUUUCAAUUGCUCGCCUUUUUUUAACAUUACACAAUUUUUAAUUGGUAUAUAAGCAGGAUACCAACUGAACAUACCAGUACUGAAUGUAGAAGGUUCAAUGCUUAUGUUUAUGUCUCCGUAUAGAACAGCACUGAAAUAUCCCGCGAAUCCGUGUAAUGUACAAUCUUGUGGUAUGUCAAAUGUUAGAGUGGCAUACCGGUCAUUAUUCUUUUCUAAAUUGCGUCUUGGGUGACUGAAAGUGAACAACGGUUGAGCAGAAGCUAUUAUGUACAUGUUGCGCAUGUUCACUACAUAUAUCUGUUCAGAAUUCUCAUGCUGAUUUUCUGUUGUUGGUGCGUAUUUGAAUGUUUUCAUAUUACAAUACAAAGUUUGUGAUUGCAAAGGGCUUAUAUAAGAUGUAUAUGAUGACGGUAUACAAAUACCAUCUUCUUUCAAAAACUUUUGAGCGCCAUCCAAACAUUCAGGUGAUAGUUCAUUGUCACCAAAUGAGCCCAAUAGUUCUGAAACCAUUAUAUCACAUUUCUCAUCAAACUUCCAUGUUCUCAUGUCAGCACAGACCACUGUAACUAAAUUGUGCCAAUAGUUUUCGUUGUUAUAGUUCAACACCUGUAAUGCGUUUUCAUUCUUUUCAACUGCAUAGAUUUUGAUAGGAACUUUUGAUUUUUCUGAUGCUUUGAGACUUGCAUUGACCAAAGGACCUCGGCCUGCUCCCACAACAUACACUAUGAAUGCCUCUGUAUUACCAUCUUUGGCUUUGUCAAUCAACGCUUUAGUUAUGGCCUUUUCAUACUGUUGAUACUUGAUUGGGUCCUGUUCGAAUACGGCGUACACAUUGUUGUCCAAAUCGUUAAUGAGUGGCUGCAAGGGUACUUGCAGUAGAUCUUCAUACGCGUAUGAGUAACUGUAAAGCUUGUCAGACUUAUUGUUUUCAUGCACGUAUGACAAGUAUUCGAAAUAUUUUUCUAUUUUGUCUUCUGAAUUACCGCUGAUAAACAUACAUACGUCCAUAUCGAAUAGCUUGUUGAUGAACACUUGAUGAGGUCUGGACAGCACGGGGUAACCUGCCUUGUUGGUCAAGAAUAUGGAAGUGUGUGCAAUGACCGCCUUGAUAGGUUCACCCAGCCACCGGUUGAGCUGUUGCUCAUCGGGCAGGUCAGCAUGUAGUUCUAGGGCCAAGUAUAUAGAUCGGUGAUAAUCGCAGGCAGAGCUGAAUGCCGACCAUAGUUUCCAUGUGUCCACCGCUGAAGCAUCAUCUUCAGCACCCCCUCUAAUUGGUACCCGGACGAAAAAGUUGACAAACAUGUUUUCUUGCAACAUGACGUUAAUCAGUCUUGCCAAAUUCGGUACACCAGAGGUCAGUGGCAGGUUGAACAUGAUCGCAGACACGUUCAGGUACGUGGCGUAUGACACUUCCUGUUUGAACAGCCGACAGUUCUGCUGCCGGACCGUGUCGUCUGCCACCUCUAAGUCAAGGUUCGGGGACAGCUUAACCACCACUCGGUUCCAUGUGUCCGCCUGUAGAAUGAUAUCGGCCCUGUUCACCAAGGCGGACCGGUCCAACCCCGGCUUUUUAGUUGCUUCCGUCGUCACAGAAACGCUUCUACUUUGGUCAUCGCUAUUAGGUUUUAGUUUAGUGUGCAUCAGCGGAAUACACGCAAACGAAUGCGUUCCCCAUCCGGUUAAUUUUUGUAUGCACGCAACCAGGUCCGGUACUUGAGAGAAGUCAAAACCAAAUUUAAUUUGUUUUUUGGACGUCAUGAUAUCCAGCAGUGAGAAGUACAGUUGUAUUUGAUAGCGUUUAUACAAUUCGAGAGCGCCUGUCGUUGGGAGUAAAAAUAAAUAACGUUUAUUCUGUAUUCCGAACACGACGUUAUGGUUUUGUAUUUGUUUUGUUUUUGAACACUGAACUAUUAUCAUUAUUGUCGGCGGCCGCUCAGAUGGUACUGUUAUCUUGUUAUGCAGUGUAACAACUUGAAGAAUAAUAUAAUUCUCUAAAUGUAUACCACGUAAGCGCCGCCGUCGAGUCCAUUUAAUUGCACACUGCAUAGGCGAUUCGAACGCGCGUUUCAAACGUCGCGAUUAAUUAAUCGUUCAAAAUUAAACAUGUACUUUUAUAUGGGUUUAUUCACACACGUUCGAACGUGCGAAAUGCACAUGUUUAAUUUUGAACGUUCUUCAACUAUAAUCAUACAAUAAUUUCCCAAUGUAUUUUCAAUGCAUUUCCGUUUCGGACAUAUUUUCGUUCAUUCAUAAUUUGUGCCUUCAACCUUAUACAAUUUCUGUACAAAUUGUAUCCUUUUAUAUUAUAAAAAUGAUUGACACUGAAGAAUUUAUUCUUGAGGUGUCGAAUGAUGAACCUGGUCCUUUUAGAUUAAGCAGAUGGACCCAUUGUCGCCGUUUCACUUUUUUUUUGUUUUUGUUCAUGUUCCUCGAAUAGUGCGAACAUAACACAUCUUCUAUAACGUUUAAGCUUUCCAUAUUUGAAAGUAUUAAACAAAAUAACAGUGGAUUGCAACGAGAAGUACUAUACACAUGUGGUCAAGUACGAAGUACAGUAACAAUAAAACUAUUAUAUGAGUAUAUCACAAAAUACAAAGUAUUGGCGCGAUUUAUAUCUGUGAGAAACCCGCCUAUAAUGUAUAAUCGAAACGCGUUUGCAUUUUAAAAUCGCGGCGUUUGAAACGCGCGGAGACGCACGUUCGAAUCGCUCAGUGUGUAAUCAGCUUUAAAAUCAUACUUCUCAAUUAGUUAAUAUUUUUGCAAGAAGUUAUUAUUAACGACCGAGGAGAAAUCUUUAAAUCAUUAACUUUGGAAAUACCGAAACUUGAAAUUAUUUUUUUAUAGAUCACCAUUAUUUCGAAAUAAAAUUUUUAUCGGAACAGCCUUUUAGCAAAAAAAAAAAAAUUUCAAUACUAGGAUCGUUAUGCAGUUAUUUUAAUCGCACACUCAUUGUGAUUAUUGUUAAUUCUUAAAAACCCGUUGAGAAAAUUAAAAUAAAACCAUCCUAAUGUAUAGUUUAUUUUAAGUAAAUGGACCCUCGAAAUUUGUUCAGUUUAUUUCUCCUUUAAAUGAGCUUCAGAUUCGCCACUGGUAUAGUAUUAUAAUUAGGGUUAGAUACGUCUAGUAUUUGUGUAUUAUUUUUGAAAGAUUUAAACAAAUUGUGGAGUCAAACAUAAAUACUGUUUAUCAUAUAAGGAAUCUAAAUUCUAAAUUUUGUUUUGGAUAUUUUACAAUAUUUGAUUUUAAGAGUAUAUUUUAGCAGUAUGUAGCUUUGAAGUGCUAAAAAAGACUUGUAUAUUUUUCACGCGUUUUUCGAUUUACAUUGUUCAAAUUAAUACGCACUGAUAUGCGAUAUGAUAGUUGAACAGACUAUCGUAAAAUAAUUUAUUUAGUUAAGUUUUGAAUUUGAUCAAACAACUCUUAAAUCAAUCACUUCAAAACACAGUUUUUACAUUAAUACUAUUUAAUAAAAAACAUAAUAGUAUAUGUACGUCAAGUUUUUAGUAUACGAUUUCAACAAACAAAAAUGUUUUGAGCAGAAGUCCCUUAACCCAAUUAUAAUAUAUUGUAGUUUGUAAUAUUAUAGUAUUCGGUUACUUAUAUUGUAUUCCAUAGAAUAUGUCUAUAAUACAAUAUAGACUGGCUCGUAGUGGGAAAUUCAACUCUAAAGCUCUGAUGCACGGGUGUUAUAUUUGUACUUGCAUAAAACGAUUGGUUACGUUAAAAAAUCGUGAAACUAUCAUAAUUUAUUAAUGGUCGUAGACGAACUGAAAUUAAUAAUAACAAAAAUAAAAAAGCCGCAAUGUUCCAGGUAUAUCGGCGAAACUUGCGAAUUAAAAUAUAAUAUAAUCGAUACCUAUAUAUCGAAAUCGCAAUAAAUCCAAAACGCCGCGAAUAAACGAUAUUGUAAAAAAAAAAAAAUAUAUAUUUAUAUAUUUUACCCCGUCCUCAAAAAUGGUUUCAAGAAUAUAUGCGACAUAAGACAUUUGGUUGUUUUUUAAUUGUUUAUUUGUAAUAUUUUUGACGAAUCGGAUAAAACGUCGUCUAACGCUAAUUGUUUUUAGAUUAUUAUAUAAUAUUGUAUAGCGGUAAUCUGUAUUGUUUAAAAUUAAAUUUUUAUCGUACACAAACCAUUAAAAAAAAAAAAAUAAAUAAAAAAAAAAAUAUGACUCAUUGAGAUUUUUUUCACAAAUAAAUAACAACAAAUAAUAGGUAUUACCCCAGUGAGAAAGACUUCAUUGGCGCGUGCGAGUGUUCACCGCGUUGAAUCCAUAAACGCACGCCGUAUCCCCGCAGUGUGCGUCGCUUCUCGAAACGCGCACAAUAUAAUAACAACAACAGCAAUAAUAAUAAUAAGCAAUCGGUUAUCGUUAUCCGUACCGACGACGACAAAUAAUUAAAUAUUUAAUACCCGUACCUGCGAUACCGUUAAAUCGCGGGCCCGAGCGGCAUAAUAUUAUAUGCGAGUAAUAGCGACAGUACACCGACAAAAAGCGGACGUCGGGACGUCAUGUCCAAGAAUAUGUGCGUGAUCCUUUUUCAUUUGGCGUGUUGGCCGCUGCUCGAGCUGUUCGCGGCAUCGUGGCGUUCGCUAAAGGUGCGCUGAACAAAAAUGCCGCGCGCCACGCGAUAUUAUUAUUAUUAUUAUUAUUAUUAUUGUUUUUAAUUAAAAUUAAUGUCUCCGGUCCCGGGGAAAAUCGGUAAAUUUUCGGCAUUGUUUUCUACGUGUACGUAUGAUAAUUUCGUCCCGUGUCGAUUCUAUUUCCGUUCGUUUCUAUACUCGGUUCGCGAACCCGUGCGUGUUCCACGUUUAAUCCGCCCGAAUAUAGACGAAAUAAUACCGUCCGUGUCUUCCCACUCUUUCCCCCCUUUCUCCUCCACCCCCGGGACCGAAAAGACUAUAUUGUAAAAUAAUAUGUAAAUUACGCGUCUGGGUCUGAUACACGUCCGACCGCGGCGACCGUUUAUCGCGUUUACCCGUACCGACCAUUCGCCUGUGCAGAUUUUUGAUGUGUUACGUUUCAGGGCUACGUGCGAGCGUUACGCGUGUGCAAUCCGAGCGUACGGGCCGUGACCGACGACAUUGAAAGGGACGAGAUCGAACGGUGGUCGAGUUCGCUGCCGGAAGCUCGAGUGACGCGCUGGGGAGGAAUGAUAUCCACUCCGGACGAUUACUUACAGGUACGUGUGACCCUGCAGACGCGCCGUAGUUGUCGCGUAAACUAUCCGAACGGUACAUUGCUAUUAGGGCCCGGAUUUAUGUGCCCUAAAAACCUUAGAAAUGUGCAUUUAUGCUCUUAUCUUGUAGAAAUAUACCCUUUAAAAUGAAACAUAUGCACAACAAAUCGAUUUUCAAAAAAAAAUGUUUUUAAAUUUGUAUUAUUUAAAUUACAGAUUUUCGAAAAUAAAAGCAUAGUUAUUGAUACAACAUAUGUUUUUGAUUUUCUGUGUAUUUUUCUAAGCGAUUGGGAAAAAACGAUCAAGUUUACAGCACUGACGGUUUCCAUUUUGUUUUUUUGUUGAAAUUCGAUUGAAAAUAAUCUCAGAGACAUGUAAUUUUUACAGAAUACUCAUAUUAGCAUUUUAGCACGUUAAGCUAUCUAAAGGCAUUUGAAAUAUUCCUGUUUUUAAAAAAAAAUUGUGUGUAAACAUAAAAUUCCGCGUAUUUCUCAUCAGACUCGAUAAUCAAUCAGGUUAGAAAUUCUAUGUAUUUUGACGUUUCUCGAAAAUUGUAUAUUUCUGAUUACCAAUCCGAUUGUUUCUCAAUGCAUCAGAUAUUCGGAUGGAUAACCAGUAUUAGUUGAUUGAACCAACCACUAUGGCUGGAGCACGUGGCAAUGGAUUGAUAAGGUAUAAACCUUAUCAAUAAGUUAUCCGUUGUACCAUCGGUUUAAUAUCUGGGUGAAGAAAAUUAUCGUUUAAUUAGAAAAACACGGAUUGUUUUAGCAAGAGCAGAAAUGCUUGGUAAUUCAUCACGAGGCUCAUAGAUACCUUUAUAGUAGUUUUUUUUUUUAAGUGAUCAUCUCAAUAAAAAUCGUAAAUAUUACGGCAUUUCAUAAUAUCUACAACAGCAGCACACCCGGCAAUUGUAUCAGUUCCUUUAGUUUUUUGGAUUUGCGAUAACUAUUUCAAAUUGACACUUUUCGGAAAAAAUGUUCAAAUACGUAUUUUAAAUAUUAUGUUUUUAUCUCAAAAAAAUAUAAUUUUUAGAAUGCGAAUAAUAGUUUGAACUAAUUAAUAAUAAUUCAAAAUAAUAGUUUUAAAUUUGUGACGAAAGACAUUCCAAAUUUUAAAUCGUGUAUUUUAUAUUACCGUAAAGUAAAUUAUUAAAAUAAUAUUACUAAAUAGUUUUUAUCUUUAAUUGUUAUGAUUUGAUGCAUACACAAAAAGGGACCUUGGUGGAUUUUUGGCAAUGGGUUUUGAGGUUUGCGAGAUAAUUAGGUACAUCGUUUUGUACAAAAUCGAAGUGGUGAUACUCACUGGGCCAAAAAACGGCUUUAUUGUUUUUUUUUUUUUUUUUAUAUAUAUUAUAUUCUUACAAACAAUUCGCAAGUUUUUUUUUUUAAUUUUCUCAAAACAGAAUUUGCACGGUCCUUUUUACGCGAACCAAAUCAUAUACCUAUUUUAUUUAGCCCCCCCGUAUAGAUAGUAGGUGAGUAUCUAUGUGAUUUUUUAAUUUUUUUUGGUAAUAUUGUCGUCUAUUAUCGCAGAAUAACAUAAAACAAGCGCUGAUCGAGAGCGGUUGUCCGGCGCACAUACUCGACGACCUAGUGAAAAACUGCCACGAACGAAACUGGCCGUCCGGCCUGUCGUCGCUGGAGACGCGUCAGCACAACCGGAGGCAUUACGACCGGUACAUUUGCAAGCGGGUGCCCGGCAAACAGGCUGUCAUCGUGUUGCCGUGUGACAACAUAAUGGUCAGCGACGACAUGAUGGCCGAACCGGGUCUCAUCAUGAUCUUCGCCCAUGGAAUCGAAUAA